UUCAACAAGCAAAAGAAAACUCGGCCAUGCUGUAGCCAUCGCGUGGAGUUUCCUCCACGUGCGGACACUCUGAUUCAACGCCACAAUCGGCGACUAGUUGAUCGCCAAAAGACCCCACAUGUCGCAAAAUUUCAUCACCACUUACACUCUUAGUCACUCAACCUCAGCUCACUUAUCCACUCACUCACCACCGUACUGUACUCUCCUCCCGUGGAAUAUACAAUAUCCAAUAACAAAAAUUCCAAGGAUAAAACGAACAGACAAACAGACAAAAUGUCAUCGUCCGAAGCAAUCACCUCCAUCUCCCUCCAAUCCCUCCCCAAGCUCUCCCAGGGCAAGGUCCGCGACCUCUUCGACCUCGACGCCAACACACUCCUCUUCACGGCCACCGACCGCAUCUCGGCCUACGAUGUCGUCCUCGCCAAUGGCGUGCCCCAGAAGGGCCUCAUCCUCACCCAGAUCUCGGCCCAUUGGUUCUCCGUGCUCGAGCAGAAGGUGCCCGGCCUGAAACACCACCUGCUAUCCCUGUCGGCCCCGGCCUCAGCUCCCUUGACGCCCGAGGAACGCAGCCUGCUGCGUGGGCGAACCAUGACCUGCCGCAAGCUGAAGGUGUUUCCCAUUGAAGCUAUUGUGAGAGGCUACAUCACCGGCAGCGCAUGGAGCGAGUACGUUGCCCACGGCACCGUCCAUGGUAUCCCCCAGCCUGCUGGGCUAGAGAAAUGCGGCGCGUUCCCGAACGGACCUAUCUACACUCCUUCCACCAAGGCCCCCGCCGGAGAGAAGGACGAGAACAUCUCCCCCGAGCAGGCCGUCAAGAUCGUCGGCGAGAAGUACGCGGCUCGCAUCGCAGAGCUGAGUCUGUCGGUGUACAGCGCCGCCGCCGCCUAUGCCCGUGAACGCGGCAUCAUUGUGGCCGAUACCAAGUUCGAGUUCGCCCUUGACGAGGCAACCGAUGAGGUCGUCCUGGUUGAUGAAGUUUUGACCCCUGACAGCUCAAGAUUCUGGAAUGCCGCCGAGUGGAAAGCCGGCGUCGAAGCCCCGUCAUACGACAAGCAGUAUGUUCGGGACUAUCUCACCAGCAAUGGCCUCAAGGGCAAGCCUGAUGUCGAGCUUCCCGAAGCCGUUGUCAAAGAGACUGCAGCGAAGUACCAGGACGUGUUUGAGAAACUAACAGGCAAGACGCUGGACCAAGCUCUGGCCGCUUUGGACAACUGAGUCAUGAGCACCCGAGACACAAUCCAAGGCAAUUUAAAGCAAGGGACAGGCACACGCGUACGCAUGUGCGAAUAGGAAUACGUAAGCAAGCUGCAAGGCGUACUGGGUAAAUAACACAAAAUUGGUUCGAGCCUAGUGGCUAGCCGAAAGCGGACGGACAGAUAGAGAGACCAAAGUAUGAAAAGGAGAAGAAAGCACUCGUAUGUACAUCUUUCACUCUCAGGCAAGCCGAAGCAAUGUUACCAAACCCUUGAUUAGAUAUUUUUUUUUUCACGUAAAAGAAAUAUAGGCCGCUAAUGAGGCCACCACACAAAGGGUUGGCCGUCGCCGUAAGACGGCUGUGUGUGACACAAAGGCCAGGCUUAUCUUGCGUAUGCGCGGAUCUUAUGAGAUAGUUGGUCGUUAAUUCUUUGUAUGAUCCCUCUUUGAAG